AUGUCUACGAUAAAAACCACUAAUGAAUUGGCCAAAGAGGUUGUUGCUUCGGUAAUUCCAAUGAAUAUUCAAUACUCUGGUCCAGCAAACACUGAAGAAUAUUUCACUCCAUCAAAGACACAAGAAAUCCAACCUGAUGGUACACUGUUAGAUGUGGCUUAUUUUCGAGGAUGCAAAUUAGUUGGUAAAACUUUAGAUUUGGAUAAAUAUAAUGUUAAGGGUUAUGUCCUCAAUAAAUCAGAACAUUUGGUGUCUGAUAAAGAAACUGGUGAAGUGAAAACUGCAGUAACCUAUAUUCCAGUAGGCAAUUUUCAGAAGUUGACAGUAUAUGGACAUGAUACAUUACCAAGUCGAACUAAUCAAUGGUCACUCAUACCAGAAUAUUUAAGUAUAAGUAAUAUAGUCAAUGAGUAG